AUGAAGAACGGCCUAUUACCACCCUUGCGAUUCCUUCGCAGCACCAGCUUCCUGGGCGCAAACCAAGCACGAUGGCUUCACAAGACGAGACCAGCUCCGACAAUCCCGCAGCCGAGACCAUUCGUCCCAGACGUUCAGACCUUCCUCACGCUCAUUGGCCGCGGCCUCAACAAACACGCCUCCAAGUUCCCAUCAUGGGAGUCUCUCUUCUCCCUCACCUCGCCACAACUCAAGGAGCUUGGAAUCGAGCCUCCCCGUAACCGCAGAUACCUGCUGCAGUGGAUGCAGCGAUACCGAAAUGGUGCAUUAGGACCUGGCGGAGACUUCAAAUAUGUCACGGACGGCCAGGCUCUGCUGAAAGUCGCAACACCACCAGCGUCCAUUGUCAGCGAUGCGAAAUAUGUGGUCAAUGUUCCUCAGGACCAAGAGGCGGCUCUUGAAGACUCCGAAAUCCUUCCCCGACCAAAUGGCUACACAGUUAGGGGACUCAAGUCAAUAGCUGGACCGUUUGCGACGCCUUUGCCGCAGCAAGCCGGUGCUAUUGUCAAGGUUACGGAGGGCAUGUGGGAGCAACGCCAAGGACGCAAGAUUGACGGUGGUGAGAGAAGAAGGGCGGAGAUUCGGUUCAAGAGACGGUCUGUGGAGCGGAGAGCUGAGCGUGAG